GGGCGGAGCAAAGUGGGGGGUGGGUGGUGGUGAAGAGAGCAGAUGAAACAUUUGAAGCUCAUAUUGACAUGCUGCUCUGAAGGCUCCCGUGAGCACAGCCAUGGAUGGUGUGUUGGAGGGAGCGACGGUGUUGUGUGUGUGUAAACUGGCCUGCAGUCUCCUCUUCCUGCCCGCACUGACGGCCUCCCACAGUCCUGUCAGCUUCUGCUGCUGCUGCCUUUUGAUCUUCACCGACUUCCUGGUCGCAGUUUUUCUGAGUUUCCUCUGUAUCUUUGAGUCCUGGCUGACUGAACUGACCCUGCUGGGAGACGUCAUCGCCCUGCGCUUCCUGCUGUUUCUCAGCCACACGUAUGGAACGGUGUUACUCCUGACCACGCCUCUGAUUGCUGUGGAGACUCUGACCAGACUGCUGUGGCCUCACUCCGUCGUCAGUUACAAGGCCGUGGGUCGACCAGUGGACUCUGACGGACAGCAUUGUUAUAUUAGGGAGGUGACAGUUGAGGAGGAGGAGGACGACGACAAUCCAGAUGAGGACAAAGACAAGGGUGUGUCUCACGCCGUCGGUUACCUCUGCUGCCUGUCGGUGUGGGUCGUGGUCGCCCUGAACGUCAGGCUGGCGAUGGAAGCUGGAGGAAGAGUGGGUUUCUGCCUGCGUGCACACAACCGAUUCCCUCAUCAGAUGUUUGCCCAACCUGUUCAGCCCCAUGCCCAGCACUGUGAAUCCCUGCUGGGGCAUGGCUUUCCUCUCCUUUCUCCUGCUCCUCCUGACCACGAGCACAGGCCUGAGCAGGCAACGCCGGGCCCCCCCACCCGAGGAGGGGACGCACCAGGCGAAACCUGGAGUUAACAGUGACGGUGAGAGCUGCUGGCAAAAUCUCGUUCCAGCCCAGCCUGCACCCUCCAAGCCCGUGAACCCUGGGAUGUGGGUGUCAGAGGCAGCGCGGUGUGUUGACCCAGAGAAAACAGAGAGCAGCUGCACCGUUCACGGAGCGUAUUUCUGGAACAUCGUGCAGAUGUCGGCGCGUCACCAUGGAGACUUUGUCCUCAUCUCCCCCGGCUGUUUGUCUGCAGUGAGGGGAGGAUGGGAGCACGAAAGGACAAAGACAGGUAUACCUCUGACAUUUAUCACAGAGGAACAUGUGGACUCACAACACAGGAGCCAGCUUGGGUGGCGUCGGUGGGGUUUUCCCCGCCUGGGGGCGAAAGUAAUGAUAGGGUUCGUGGCUGUGCUCUCCAUCUUUGUUCUGCCUCUGAACCUCAGCAUGAACAUUCUUCUGAUCAGGACUAUAGAGACACUACUGGAGCUGUGCGUCAGAUCUUUAGUUUCGUCUGCAGCGAACACGAGCGACACAUCAGCCUCUCACAAUGAAACAUUUGUAUAAAACCAGACUGGUGGGAGGCGGGAGCGGACGCUGAUUGGAGGCUACCUGCAACAGGAUCGCCAGAUUAAUAUUGCAUGCGCACAGACAGCAGGUCUACCUGUCAACACUGGUUUGAACCGUGUGUAAAUAAGCAUUUCUGAGCAGCUAUUCACAAUAAUAAUAUGUGGAAACUGCUGAAAGGUGCUGAGGAGGCAGGUUGAGGCGUGCUUGGUGGAGAGACACUAAACCAGACUGAAACAGAUGGCUGGAAGGCCUUCUUUUACUAUUCAGAGCCCUGAGAUCCGCAGCGAUUUGUCACUACACAGUGGGUUACAGGGCGAGCGUCUCCAGUUUAAAUAAGACUAAUCCAGGGGCAAACAGUGUUUUGAAAGUAAUGAAGUGAAGUGUGCUGAUGCUGCAACACAUAAACCCAACCUAUAAAUAAAUACUGAGUGACUUGAGGGUGUUACAUGGA